CUCAAACCAAACCCCAAAAGCCUCCCAUCUCUCUCUUUAUCUCUUUCUCGUUAUUUUCUUUUUUUUAAAUUUAUUUUUCUUCAUGCCCCGAUUCUUUUUUCUUCUAAAUUAUUCUUCGACUAUCUCGCAAUAAUCUCCCCGAGUAGGAUAAGUAGCAAAGAUGGACUCUCAUGAUGAAUGCCAAGCUCCAGACUGCUCCAUCCUUUGCAUUAAUAAAUGUGGCUUCUUUGGAAGGGCUACUACAAUGAAUAUGUGCUCCAAAUGUUACAAGGACAUGCUUUUAAAGCAGGAGCAGGCUGAUCUGGCAGCAACAUCCAUUGGUAGCCUUGUGAAUGGUAACGUAGGCAUCAGACCUGUUGUUGCAACUGCUGUCAAUGUGCAAGCUGGAGAAGUGGAGGCAGUAGCUGUGUCAACAGAACCAUCAACUGGCUCAUCCUCAAGCAAAGUUAGUGAGGAGGUGAAAGAAAUAACGGGACCAAAGAGAUGCACUAGUUGCCGAAAGCGUGUUGGUUUAACUGGGUUCAAUUGCAAAUGUGGAAACACCUUCUGUUCAACUCAUCGUUAUUCUGACAAACAUGACUGCCCUUUCGAUUAUAGGACUGCUGGUCAGGAUGCUAUUGCUAAAGCCAAUCCUGUUGUCAAGGCAGAGAAACUUGAUAAGAUCUAGGAGUUAUGUGCUGAAGUGAAGAUUUAUGCAUGAAAUCAUGAUGCUUCUCUUUCUUGGCUUAUUUCUGGUUAGGUUCUAUGAUAGAAAUGCUUAAGUCAUGAUAAGGAGGCCAUCAUAUAAGGAAAUCCUAUAUUCCUUGUUGGUGAAAUAUUCCUAUGCUUAUUCUAGUGUGUAAGUCUUGGAUUGCUGGUUUGAUGAACAUAUUUGGAGUUAUUUUGCUAUGUAUUGUUGUUUGGUAUGCAUUCCUUUGUGACUGGUAAUAUGUAGCUUGCAGCUUUAAAUUCUGUUAUUCUAUCUCUGUUAAGUUCUUUUAUCACUUCUAUACUUUUAAUAGUUAUUAGUAUGUUGAGC